AUGUCCAAAACAAAGCAUUGUGAGGCGGUGAGGGUGGUGGUGCGCUGUCGGCCGUUCAGCAGGAGAGAGGAGAUCGCGGAGGGGGCAGGCAUACUGGAGGUGAACGUUAAACUGGGACAGAUCAUUAUUCGCAACCCGAAGGCGCCACCUGAUGAGCCCAUGAAAACCUUCACCUUCGACGCCGUCUACGACUGGAAAUCCAAACAAAGCGACAUUUACGAUGACACGGUGAGACCGCUUGUGGUGUCCGUGUUGCAAGGCUUCAACGGGACCAUAUUUGCCUAUGGGCAGACCGGGACAGGUAAAACGUACACGAUGCAGGGCGUCUCAAACGACCCGGAGAACAGAGGAGUUAUCCCGAAUUCGUUUCAGCACAUCUUCACGCAGAUAUCCCGAAGUCAGAAUCAGAAGUAUCUGGUGAGGGCGUCCUAUCUGGAAAUCUACCAAGAGGAGAUCAGGGAUCUGCUGUGCAAAGACAACAACAAGAAACUGGAACUCAAGGAAAACCCUGACUGUGGCGUGUAUGUGAAAGGCUUGUCGUCGGUGGUCACCAAAGAUGUCACGGAGAUUGGACAUGUGAUGCACAUUGGCAACCAGUCCAGGUCUGUAGGGUUCACCAAUAUGAAUGAACGCAGCUCGCGUUCUCAUGCCAUCUUUGUCAUAACAGUGGAGUGCAGCGAGGUAGGGCCAGAUGGUGAGGAUCACAUCCGUGUUGGGAAGCUGAACAUGGUUGACCUGGCUGGCAGCGAGCGCCAGAGCAAGACUGGUGCCAAAGGAGAGCGACUGAAGGAAGCUGCCAAAAUCAACCUGUCACUUUCAGCACUGGGGAACGUCAUCUCAGCCUUGGUGGAUGGCAAAAGUAGCCAUGUCCCAUACAGAGACUCGAAACUGACCCGUUUGCUCCAGGAUUCACUGGGAGGUAACGCAAAGACGGUCAUGAUAGCCACUGUAGGUCCAUCACAGAGGCACCACGACGAAUCCCUAACAACGCUGAGGUAUGCCAGCAGGGCCAAGAACAUAAGGAACAAGCCUCGGAUUAAUGAGGAUCCUAAAGACGCCCUGCUGAGGGAGUUCCAGGAAGAAAUUGCCCGUUUGAAAGCACAGCUAGAUGAGCGAGGGAUGCUGGCAAAGGAGAAGAGGAGGAGGAGAAGGCACAGCAAAAGACUGAGUAAAAGUAUGGCUGGUAUGGAGGAGGAGAUCCUCAUAGAGAAGGACAAGGAGAUGUGGAAGGCUCUUGAGGAGGAGCGGGAUGUGGACCAGUAUGUGGAAGAGGACAAUGACAUUGCCCGGGUUGUGACCAAUGCCUUUGCCGACCAAGAAAAUGCUGAGGAGUUGAAGCAACUAGAUGAAAAAAGCAUGGAAGAUAUGCAAAAAGAGCAAGAGGCCAUUGGGAAGAUCAUCGAGAAAUAUAAGGCUAUGGAAAGCAAACUGUUGGUCGGGGGGAAAAACAUAAUUGACCACACAAAUGAACAACAAAAAAUGCUGGAGCUUAAGCGGCAAGAGAUUGCAGAGCAGAUAAGACGAGAGAGAGAAAUCCAGCAGCAAAUGCUGUUGCAGGAUGAGGAAACGGUAGAAAUGAGAGAGACAUUCUCCUCAUUACAGCAGGAGGUGGAACUCAAGACCAAGAAGUUUAAAAGGCUAUACACCAAACUACAGCUGGUGAAGGUAGAAAUUGGAGACGUCAUUGACGAGCAUGUCGCAGUCAGACAGGAGCUUGAAGAGACACAGAAUGAGCUCACCAGAGAACUUAAGUACAGAUAUCUCCUGAUUGAGAAUUUCAUACCACCCGAGGAAAAGAACAAGAUUAUGAACAGACUGUACUUUGACAGUGAGGAGGACCAGUGGAGGUUUCGACCUAUCAUACCAUCUGAGAGGUCGGUGGUCAAGAGAAGGCCUACCUCGGUGGUUGGAUACAAAAGACCAAUCAGCCAAUAUGCACAGAUGGCUGUAGCCUCAGCGGCAGGGGCGCCAUCCCGAUACCAGGCUGAGAAUAUUAUGCUACUGGAGUUGGAUAUGACUCCACCAACGAUGUUCACCUUGAACCUUAACGGAGCUCACUUGGAGAGGGCGUUCACUCCGAGGUCAAUGAGGGAUCUUCUGGUAGAUGUUCAACUUAGGGAGAAGACCCCCGCGUCACGAGUCAGGAAGUCUCGAUCCUGGUAUCAGGCACCACAAACAUCACACAUCUCAUCAUCCUCAUCCUCCAGCUCUCUGACGUCAGGAUCACAGUGCCUCGCUCAACCUGCGAGACAGAGACCAUCCUCAUCCGCCUGUCAGCCACUGGGAGGUGCCAUUCACACCAGCCCUCAAGAUGUGUGAAUGCUUAGUGCUGGUCUCAGUUUAAAGUGGCUCACAUGGCUCAAAACUGGCAUAAGGGCCUCAAACAGUGGUGGGGAAAGAUGAUGAUUAUCAUCACCACUUGAUUUUGCUUUGAUUUCAAUUCAUUUUUGAAGUAGGCGAUUCAAUUCUGUAAGCAUGUAUUUGGUACAGCUGGAGAGAUAAAAGUCUCAUCCUUUAUUCAUUUGCAGACACUUGCAAGUCAGUUGAGUACUGUAACCAGAAGAGCUCUUGAACGCUACCCUUUCCCAUUUGCCCACUUUGUUUUGCCAAAUAUUGCAUAAAAGUUAGUGUCCCUUGGCUCAUUGUGGGCUCCAGCUACAGCAAUUCCAAAAAAAAAAAUCAUAAAAAAAAUCCAACAGUCAGAUGGUCUCAACUAUCACGAAACCAACUAUGUGCUAGUCUCUGAAAAUGAACUUGUAUAAUUUUUUGUUGAGGCAGCGACAAUUUACGACCGCUGGGUUUUUUAAGAUUGGAGGAACGAUAUGCAGAGAUCUGAAAAUCAACC